AUGGGUAGACCUUUUGCAGAAGCAAUCAAAAUAGUGGAGAUGGUCGAAAAUGGCCUCAAGACUGGCAGAAUUGUAAGUCAAGCUGCUCUCAAAGCCACCACCCAAGCUAUCCAAAAUGGGUCGGGAGGUUUGGCAAACAGAAAGAAGAGAGAUGAAGGGUCCAUGAUGGCUUCGGGAUCUAGGGAGUUUCAAAGAGGGGCAUCGCACCCUUAUGUGCAAGUUCAGCAGGGGCAAUCCAGCUACCCUCAACAUUAUUAUCCCCCGCCGAUUCCUCAAUACUCUGUGGGCCCACCACAAUAUACAGUGUUCAAUGCUCAAUCAUAUGCUCGGCCUCCCAAUCAGCAGGUAUGGGCACCAGCUCCGAGGGCCCCCCGACCUCAGCAGCAAAAUUUUCGGGCACCUUACAAUGCUCGUCCCAGGCAGGAUUAUGGUCGAGAGCAGAGGCCAGUAGAAAAAUUCACUCCAUUGGCUGAAUCAUAUUCUAGUCUAUUCCAGAAGCUGAAGCAAAUGGGCGUAAUUGGACCCAUCGCUCCCCACCAUAUGCAUCCCGAUUCGCAUGGAUUUCAAGCAAAUGCUAGAUGUGAAUAUCAUUCCGGUGCCCCAGGGCAUAGCACUGAUGACUGUUGGACUCUGAAAAGAGCCAUAGAGAGACUCAUUUCCGAAAAACUGAUUGUAGUGACGAAUGGCGAGGACCCUCCUAACGUGACAAAUAAUCCGUUGCCAGCACACAAUGAUGUUCAUUUUGUUGGAAUGAUUGGCCGAGACCAAGAAUACAAGCCGGUCGGUCGAGCAGAAAUGACAGUGAGUGCAAUUCAAGAAGGAGCAGGUCUGGAAGUAAGUCCUAGCCGAGACGUGCCAUUGAUUGUUAAAGGCGCCCAGAACUCAAAUAAGGCAACUUUAUUUGUUCCAAAGAUCUCAAGGUUGGAAGUUCACUCUAGUGUUCCAAGCCCAAGGUUAUAUGUACUUGGAGGCCAUCCCGACAAAAGGGAGAAGCAGGGAGGUACGAAAGGUAUAACAGAGCCGAUCGUAAUCAAACCUGCCAUGCAACUCCCUGUAAACAACACAAAAACCACUCCUUGGAACUACAACAAAACGGUGAUGACCUACAAAGGCAAGGAAAUCAUAGAGGAAGUGGGGGAAACUGGAGGUUUUACUCGAUCAGGGAGAUGUUACUCUCCAGAAGAGUUGAGGAAGGCCAAGCAAAUUAGAGAAGGCCAUUUGCCAAUAAAGAAGCCAGUCGCUGAAGCAGAUGCGGAAGAGUUUUUGAAAAAGAUGAAAGUUCAGGAUUACUCAAUCAUUGAUCAACUAAGAAAGACUCCCGCUCAAAUCUCUCUACUAUCUCUUCUCCUACAUUCCAAAGAGCAUGCCCGUGUACUAAUCAAGGUCCUGAACGAGGCACAUAUCUCAGAGGAAACCACAGUGAAUCAGUUAGAGAAGAUGGCCAACAGAUUUUUUGAGGUGAACAGAAUCUCCUUUACUGAUGAUGAACUUCCCGAGGAGGGAGCCGGGCACAAUAGGGCUUUGAACUUGAUGGUCAAAUGUGAGGGUCAUUAUGUAAAGCGAGUCAUGGUUGAUGGAGGCUCAAGUGUAGAUGUAUGCCCUCUCUCUACCUUGCAAAGCAUGAAGAUCGAUACAGACAGAAUCCGACCCAGCAAUGUUCGCAUCUAG